AUGGCCACGGAGCCCCCGCGGCCGGCGGGGCGCCCCGAGGGCAGGGGCGGAUGCUGCGCGGGCGGCGGGCGCGGCGAGACGGAGGAGGCCGAGGCCGCGGCCCAGCCGGUGCUCGACGCCUCCCUUGGCCCCGCGGCGGCGGGGGGCGGCCGGCGGCGGGCGCUGAACGGAUGCGUGCCGCUGUCGCACCAGGUGGCUGGGCACAUGUACGGCAAGGAUAAAGGCGGCAUACUACAGCAUCCAGAUGGAACUGUCCUGAAGCAGUUGCAGCCACCACCACGUGGUCCCAGGGAGCAAGAGUUCUACAACAAGGUCUAUGACUCCGACUGUUGCGACAGCAUUCUUCUGGAGCUGAGGGAACAUCUGCCAAAAUACUUUGGUGUCUGGUCACCACCUACUGCACCAAAUGAUACAUACCUAAAACUGGAAGAUGUGACCCGUAAGUUUAAUAAGCCCUGCAUAAUGGAUGUAAAAAUAGGUCAGAAAAGUUAUGAUCCUUAUGCUUCAGCAGAGAAGAUACAGCAGCAGGUCAGCAAGUACCCGCUGAUGGAAGAGAUCGGCUUUUUGGUUCUUGGAAUGAGGGUGUACCAUGUGUCUUCAGACAGCUAUGAGACACAAAACCAGCACUAUGGAAGGAGCUUGACCAAGGAAACAGUGAAGGAUGGCAUCUCAAAGUUUUUCCACAGUGGGUACUGCUUGAGAAAAGAUGUGGUAGCUGCCAGCAUUCAGAAGGUUGAAAAGAUUCUGGAGUGGUUUGAGGGCCAGACACAACUCAACUUCUAUGCAAGCUCAUUGCUGUUUGUCUAUGAAGGUUCGUAUCAAGUGACAACCGUGCGGUUGAGUGAUGUCACCUUGGCAGAGAAGAGAGGAGUAUCCAAAGGCCUGUUAUCAGGUGGAGAUGUAUUGGAGUAUAAUAAUAAUAUUCAUGUAAUAAAUUCUACAGAGAAUGGAAAAAUUGAAGCCUCUGUAAGUAAAGGCUUGUCUAAAUUUUAUGCACUUCACAAAAAGGCGUGCUCGAAGAGGCACCACAGUCAGCUCUCGCUAAAAGUUGAAAACUCAGAGCAAGACAAUGUGUGGAAAACCAGCACAUGCAUUACACAGGAGCAUCUGAAUGGAAAUGUUCUACCCCAACUGGAAAAAGUUUUCUAUCACAUGCCAGCAGAGACCAAGGAAAGUGCAAAUGUCGAAGUCCGAAUGAUCGAUUUUGCUCAUGUGUUUCCUAGCAACACAAAGGAUGAGGGCUAUAUUUAUGGUCUGAAGAAUCUAAUCACAGUACUGCAAAAUAUUUUGGAUAACUAAAUUCUUUACUAUGUUUUUUAUUGGGGGCCAAUGAUAAAGAGCAACAACAUGAAGAAUUUCUGCACUUGUAAUGCAGUAUAACUGGGUUUGUAUUGUUCUAUAUUUUAUUUGUCUUUGUACUUUUGGUAAAAGGGUUUAACUUUUUAUAAUUUCACUCAGGAAAAAUACUGAUAGUUAAUUAGGAAGUGUGAAAGGAUGAAGAUACUUGAGAUAAAGCAGGAUAGGUAAAUUAAUAGAAUGAAAUGUAUGUGGUUGGCUUAAGUCCAAGGACUACCAGGAGCAAGGGUUAUGUUAGUUCCCUUAAUGACUUUAGCAUAGAUGACAUUUUUUCCCUUUUAGCCUUGACACUGAGCCACAUCUCCAUUAAGAGGUAUUUAGAAAAUAGACUGAAAAUUGUAAGGUGGAGGAUUGAUGUCCUCAGUACUGCCCUUGUGUUUACUGUAUCUGAAUAACUGGAGUAACUCUGCUUGGAGAGAAAUCCCAUUCUGUGUCAGCAGUCUCACCUGAAGCCAGUGCAUCCCAAAGUGCUUUUCCAUGUUGUGGGACAAUAUUGUUGUUCUUUCAGCCCUUCCCCCUUUGUGGAUGUUUGUAGCUGAUGUUCACCACAGAUGAGCUACCAUGUAAUUUGUGUUGAGGUGCUAAGAAAAUGCUGGAGUACAAUACCGUAACAGGCUUAAACUGCACAACUUCUAGAGAAACUGUUUGUUCCUAAGAAUGAGUGAAAGAAGGCAAAAGCAAGAUGUUUCAGGAACUAAUUUGGUUUAGGAGAUUAUGUCAGUCUGUUAAUGGAGUGUCUGAUGCUGUGAUUAAGGAAAAUGUCUCACUGUUAUUCUCACGGCCCUUCUCCAACGACAUUGCUUUACAAAGCAAACUAGUAGAAUGGGGAAACAAGUGUUUUGGGCAAGUGUACAGAGCUCUGCUGGCUGUAAACCGCUUGCAUUUUUGCAGUGAGCAUUUGAUGCUUCAGCUGCUGGGGAGCACUGACAGGAGCCACAUGCAAUGCAGGUGGAGGAGCCUCCUGCGAGAUCGCUCAUCCUUGGAGCCACUAGCUGUGCCACCGCUAUGCCAGUGGAGCUGUGGCUCCCCAUCCUGGGCUGCAGACACUGCAGGUUUCUUUAAUGACACACAGGCAAGCUGUGUAAUUUGAAAGCUGUCCCAUUUCCUUCCUUGUCACAAGAAAAUUUCAACUUUUGUGUGGAAUACUUGAGAUCAUGUAUCCAAAGCAGUUUUGGUGUGUCUCUUCUGUAUGCUGUGUAGGUGGCUGUGCUGCCAUGCAUGUUACAGUGAGCUAUGUGAAAAGUGGGAAUGGAGAAGUCUUGCCAUCCCUAGAGCAAGAUUUUAAUGUUUAAAACAUUUCCAGGAUGAAAAUGUUUUAGAAUGGAUUUGGUCAUUGGAAACAUACAUCUUUUUCAUGUGGACUUAGUGACCCUGUGGCCUUGCUGCUCUCUCUGUAUGAUAUUCUGCACUAUGCACUCAGCUGUAUACACAUCUUGACAAGUUCUUCAUUGGACAUCUGUUUUCUACAUGACAGAGAUUCAUACUUUUUCAAGCAAAUAUGCUGUUUUAAAUAAAGCUGAAUUUUUAGCUCUAUUUGAUAACUUGGGUUAAUUGGUAGAAACAGGGUAUUACUAUGUGUAGAAUUACAUGGUUUAAACUUUAGAGCUCAUGUUGGCCAAUACAUUCAAGAUUGAAACCAACAUUUUAGUAACAUAAUGUUUUAGAAGUGUGGAAAAAGGGACUUGCAGGAAGGGUGAGACUGGUGAAAAUUUUAUGUGAAAUUCAGUGAAGUCUGAGGGGGAACAUACCAGGAAGAGAGGGACUUUUUUUCCCUACCUAGUAUUUCUCUUGCACCUUAUAAUUAAUAUAUUCCCAACUCUCUGUGAAUUAAUUUAAGCCAUAUUCUUGAAAGAGUUUGUGUUCUUGUUUGCUUUGUCACUGGUUUCUCUGUUAUGAUUUUGUUGUUCUAUCCCGUAAAUAGUUAACACUAGAAUAGUCCAAACUGGUAGUGGCCUUGUAUGAUAAAGUUACAAGAGUUUAUAGAAAAUAUGGGCAAAACCAUUUAAACACCUUCAUUUUUGUCCUCUGUAGUUCAUCUCUUCUGGAUUUUAAUCCAUUUUGUACCAGAGAAAUGAGGCAUUUUCCUCAAGUCACUUAUUGGAAAAUGAUUAGUAUGCACUUAGUACCAUGCACUCUCCUGUCUCUGCUUUAGGAUGCAUGUCCUUAGUGUUUGAAUGCUCUUUAAGUAUUGAUUGUUUUGUUGGCUAUGGCAAUAUUUGUAACAUGCCCAGAAUAUUGUCAACCUGUCAGAAUAUUUUAAAUAAAAAAAAUUUUAUCAUGGUUUUUGUACCAGUAGUUAUUAUGAAUGUAUUUCUGAUAAUUUAAAAUGUAGCUAGAGUAAUAACAGUAUUUUUCAUUGGAAAUUGUGCAAAUAAGGCUUGCCGUGGAGAUGUUUGGGUGUAGUAUCAGCUGUGAGUCUGAGCGUGCAGAGGCCUUAUAUUCACACUGUUCUUGCAGAUUUUAAACUCAGUGUAUCUAGUGUCUUGUGUCUGAGCCAAUUGUUUUCAGUUCCAGUUGGAAAUGUAUUCACAGAAAUCAUUAAACAGAAUAUGUAAUUAAUCAGAAGAUGAAGAGGGAGAGAGUGGGUCACUGAACUGAUGUACUCUCAAUGAUUGAGCUCCCUCCCUCUCAGCAGUGUCCCUUUUGUUCUCUGGACAAAGUACACAGGACAGGCAACCAUUGCAUGGAAGUCUCUACAGGAAUGUUUACAAGGCUUGUAGGUGUUUAUGUGCCAUAAAACAGCGGGUCACUGCCCCAGGCUGCUGUGGUGUGGCUUGGGUGCUGGACCUGCUGAGGAAACUGAUGAUUUUAAGCAAUAAAAGUUGGGUUUAGCGGAGCUGACUCUCAGAAAGGAAGAACUCAGCAGCAUUGUCACUCAUGAACUCUGAGAAUAUAGGCUUCUGAAGCCUUUCUGCCUAGGUGAUGUGAGAACUGUGUUAGGCUUGCCUAAAAGGAGAACUUGAGUUGUAUAAAGUUUUAUGAAAAGCAUUUGCAAAUGUAUUUUUGAAUAUGGGUGAAAUUUGUUGCAUAAAUUGCAUUGGAAGUUACUAUACCACUAUGAAUUACUUAAAGUAAUUUAAUUAAUUGGUUUUAUGAACUGAACUGAGACUUUAUGUGUAGUUGUGAUUCUGAUGAAACUGCUUUUUUUUUUUCUACUGUAAUGCAUAACCUGAGCGUUCUUUUCCAAUCUCACAGUUUCAUGGAGAACUUUUAAAAGUACUGGUACAUUAAAAAAUGUCUAUUUUACAUUGAUUUAACAGAGUGUGUAUUUUCUUAAAAUACUUCAGUGCAUGUAAUAUUGUAAGUAAUGUUAACAUGCUACAAAUCUAGAGCUCCAGUAAAACGUCCUCACCUGCAGAGAGCUCCUGAUCUGAGUCUGGAUUUGCAGUUUAAAAUGGGCCUUGUCAGGUGUAACAGCAGCAGUAGUGAAGGAGUGGGGUCACCUGCACUGGCCAUGUCAGGUGUACAGGGAUGUCUACAUUAUGAACCUAAAAUCAUUGGAGUGACUUGCUCACUUUGUGAUGUGAAGCACAAUGAAAUGUACGAACACACUGGAAGAUGGGGACUCACAUCCACCCUGCCUGUUGAAAGUUAGGAUUAGUUGUUUAUCCUCAGAGUUUCUUUAGGUUUUUUUUUUUUUUUGCUACGUACAGUUUUCUCCCUAGUGCCCUUGCCACAGGUGCCAUCAUGAUGGAAAUUGGUAUUUCCUAAAAAGCUUAUGCCCCAUAACUCCUCUUGAAGAGCUGCUAUUGAAAAACACCAUAAAAUGCCUCAAAUACUGUGGGAGUACACUCUCUCCUGAAAGAGCAGGCGUGUGCUGGUAGACAGCGUGAUUCGAUGGUAGACUGGAUCAUAGGCUUUGUGUGAGUUCUUUACUCAGGAGUUGAAGAGGAUGUUCUGAGGGCAAGCUGAACUGUGUGGAGUUUUCCUUCCCUUACUGCAGUUCAGGUGGAGGUUUGGGUUUAAGGAGGUAGUACAGCAGAGAGCACUGAGAGUUUCUAAGGACCCCUGAGCAGGACACUGGGUGUAUUCUGGGCUAUGGGUGAGAUCCAAAGGCUGCAGAUCUUCAGGUGACCCACAGAGAGAAUGUGUUGUGCUUAUUCAUUGGGUUAAAAUAGGAUGUUACCUGGGAAGUGCAUUCAUCAUUUUAGUCAUGGGCCAAAUCAUGUCUGUUUUUCAUGUUCUUAGCAAUCUGUAUAUGGAAGCUGUAGUAGAAAAUUGUCAUCCAAAGGGCAAGUAUAUUUAAAAGGGGAAAAUAAGCAAACUAAGGGUUGUACCGCAGAAAACAUGUUUCAAUAAAUAUCUUUUUCCUCUGGUCUUGUUUAGUGGAGAUGGGCCUUGUGGAUUUGGAGUUUAAUUUGUUACAUGACAUGGAGUAGCAAAGAACAAAAGUACUUUGAAACACCUUAGUUUGAAUGAUGUACAUUGGUUCAAGUAGUUAUUCUAUUUCACAGGUCACUUUUUAAAAAAGAAAGUAACUUCCAAAUACAAUGUGUGUUGCACCUGACUAAAUGAAACUGCAGUGCACAAAGGCACUUUAAUCCUCUGGGAACUGUACUGGAACGUAGAUGAAACCAUGUGAAAUUGCACCUGAUGCUCUGUUGUUAAUCGUUUUUGAGAUUUAAAGUUCUACAUGCAUUAUGGUUGAUGAAUGAAUGUGCCUAGUCUAGUCUGUUUCUUUGAUCCAGAUGUCUAAAGCUGCCCCUCAAUCUCCUUUGAUCUGUAUGUGUUUGUAAUUUCAUUUGCUGUUUUCUGACAUUCUUGGACCACAGGGAAUAUAUUUAAUAUUACCCGUGUUUAUUUUAUAGAACAUUGUACUGUGCUAUCUACUAACUUUUGUAACUUAAUUAUUAGUGAUAUUUAGGGUCUUUCUAAUAGCUGUGUAUUUGGCAAAUUAUUAAAAUUUUCUGCAAGUGA